AUGCCGCGGCCGUCAACUCCUCCGCGAGCCACAGACCCCUCCAAGGCAGCCGCCUCCCCACCAACACCUGAGGUGACUCGUCGCAUCGAGGAGAACAGAUUGAAGGCAAAGGCCCUACGAGAGGCGCAUGAAGCCAAGCAACGAGAGGCCGGCGUGCCGUCGCUGGGCAGGACGUCAUCUGGGUUUGUCGCAACCGACGAGAUACACAUCCCCAACACGCGGAAGCGGACGCACGACGAAAUAGCGACGGUGCGAAAUACACCAUCCACCAGCCGCGAUGGACGUAUUAAUGGGGCGUCUACCACUGCGGCCGGUGCAAGUGCAAAUGCAGAUACCGGGGCCAUUCGGCCGGCGCGCAAGUUUACCAAGUUCGUCGACUACGACUUUGACAAGAUCACGGACACCAAGGGUGGUUUCCUGAGCGCUGAGGACGACCCGUGGAACAAGGCUAUGAGUGGCUCUGCAUCAUCUGGGAACAAGCCGGGCCAGCCUCCUGAAGGGCCGGAGGAGAAACCCAAGGGCAUGACGGAGGCCGAAUGGGAACGGCUGCAGCUCCUGCGGAAACUACGACGGCAAAAAGCAGGCCCAUUUGAACCUGGCAUUAGUGUGUUGAAAGAUGAGGCACAACGAAAGAAGUGCCGUGAGUGCGGGAGUCUCGAGAUCGAUUUUGUAUGGGAAGAGGUGUUCCACUGUACCGUUUGCAACAAGUGCAAGGAAGCCGCUCCGGAGAAAUACAGUCUUCUCACCAAGACCGAGGCGAAGGAGGACUAUCUCCUCACGGACCCGGAGCUGCGGGACGAGGAAUUGCUGCCGCACCUGUCCAGGCCGAACCCCCACAAGUCGCACUGGCAUGACAUGAUGCUGUUCUUGCGGUUCCAGGUCGAGGAGUAUGCCUUCUCGGACAAGAAGUGGGGGUCGGCCGAGGCCCUGGACGAGGAGUUUGAGCGCCGCGAGGCCGACAAGAAGCAGCGGAAGGAGGCCAAGUUCAAAUCCAAGCUCCUGGACCUCAAGAAACGCACCCGCACCGACGCCUACCGCCGGGAGCACGGUAAGCUCGGCAGCGGAGCGGGCCUCGGCAGGAACCAGAACGGAGGGAAGGCAAAGUUCGGCGACGUCGUGCCAACCGGGGCCAGACAUGUCCACGAAUGGGGCCGCGCGAUCGAGAACGAGGAGGGCAUGACUAUCAAGAGCUGCACCAGCUGCGGCAUGGAGGUCGAGGAGAUGGAGUUCUGA